AUGAACAAGAUCCGCCAAGUCAAAGAGCUCAACAAGCGCGAGCUUGAAGCGGGCAUUACGCCCGAAGGCUCGUGGCAUGCCGACUACAGAGAUACAGCAUUCAUCUACAUCGGCGGCCUCCCUUACGACGUCUCCGAAGGCGACAUCGUCACCAUAUUCUCCCAGUAUGGCGAGCCCGUCUACGUCAAUCUCGUGCGCGACAAGGAGACCGGCAAGAGCAAAGGCUUCGCGUUCCUGAAGUACGAGGACCAGCGCAGCUGCGACCUGGCCGUGGACAACAUGAGCGGCGCGCAGGUCAUGGGGAGGAUCAUCAGCGUCGACCACACGCGGUACAAGAAGAAGGAGGGCGAGGAGCUGCGGGAUAACACGUACGGCGCGCCCGAGGACGAGGAUGAGGGUACAGGCGCGGUGAAGAAGGCUGCGGAUACGGAGAGCGAGAGUGAGGAAGAGAGCAGGCCGGUGCUGAAGGAGGAACGGGAGUUGGCGGAGCUGCUGAGGAAUCAUGACGACGAUGAUCCGAUGAAGGCGUAUUUGAUCAAGGAGAAGAAGGCGGAGGUUGAAGAGGCGAUCAAGGAAUGGAAGGCGAAGAAUGGCGGCUCCAAGAAGAAGGACGAACGGAGAAAGCACAGACACCACAGGUCACGCAGGGAUAGGGAUGAAGAUGAUGAGGAGAGAAGGCACCGAAGGAGACGUCAUCGCAGCCGCUCGCCGUCGGAAGAGAGGUCAAGGAGUAGAGAGCGCAGGCGGCGAGACUAUUCAGAAGACCGGGAUCGCAAGUCCAGGCGGCGGGAUCACUCAGAGGACAGAGACCGCAAGAGCAAACGGCGCGACGAUUCAGAGGAUGGCGAGCGAAGGACCAAACGUAGGGAUGAUAGCCGGGAAAGGGAGAGACGCGAUCGUCGGCGCGACAACUCAAGAGACAGAGAGCGGAAGAGUAGGCGUCGUGCUGACUCGGAAGACGACUAUCGGCGCGAGAGGCGACGUGACCACCCAAGGGAUACGGAUGUGAGAGACAGUGACAGGAAACGAAGGUCCCCUUCAUGA